UUUGAUCAGGGUUGGAGUUGACCUGAUAUCCUUGGACGGAUCUUUUAAAAGCCUUUAUGUUGCAGCGACACGGUUAUUUGUUUUAGUUUAGUGCGCUUCGCUCUCCGUUUUUCCUGACGCACCAAUUCAACGCAUUUUCCAGCAGAGAUCAUUGUGAGGAUGGUAGCUCGAGUGUACUGCUCGUUGAUUGCUUUUUUAUCGGGUCUGUCCGGAUACUUGAGCAUAACAGACGCCACAGUGAGCUUCCCAAAAAUGGUGGCCGGUUUCUGUCCGAUGAUGCUGACGGUUGUGCCGUCCUGUCGAGGAUGUUUUACUGAUGGAGACUGCUCUGGAGGAGACAAAUGUUGUAUAUUUGAGUCGGGGCCUGUGUGUGUGCCGCCUGUUUCCAUGACCUUCCCAACAAUGGUGGCUGGUUUCUGUCCGAUGAAGCUGACGGUCGUGCCGUCCCGUCGAGGAUGUUUUCUUGAUGGAGACUGCUCUGGAGGAGACAAAUGCUGUAUAUUUGAGUCUGGGCCUGCGUGUGUGCCACCUGUUUCCAUGGAUAGAAUUAUUCAGCAAUCAGUGAUGAAGCCAGGACUGUGUCUGCCCCCAACCUCUGGAAGAAGAUCGUGUACCACGUCCUGUAACAGUGACUCUGACUGUCCCAACAAUGAGAAGUGCUGCAGCAAUGGAUGUGGACAUUACUGUACAGCUCCGUAUACAGUGAAGCCGGGUCUAUGUCCCAAACCGAAGAACAUUCAUGCGUGUGCUGAAAGCUGUUUCCAUGAUGGCCAGUGUCCUGACACACAGAAAUGUUGCCCAACCACCUGUGGCCAUGCAUGCAGUGAACCACAUGGUCAAGGAAAUGGUCAGGAAAGUGGUCAGGGAAGUGUUCACGCAAGUGUUCAUGUAAGUGUUCAGGCAAGUGAUCAUGGAAAUGGUUAUGUAAGUGUUCAGGCAAGUGAUCGUGGAAGUGGUCAUGGAAGUGGUCAAGCUCAGGGAAGCGAUCAGGGAAGCGGUCAAGCUCAGGGAAGCAGUUAUGAAAGUGGAAGCGGUCAAGGAAGCGGAAGUGGUCAGGAAACCGGUCAAGCUCAGGGAAGCAGUUAUGGAAGUGGAAGCGGAAGCAGUUAUGGAAGCGGAAGCAGUUAUGGAAGUGGAAGCGGAAGCAGUUAUGGAAGCGGAAGCAGUUAUGGAAGUGGAAGCGGAAGCAGUUAUGGAAGCGGAAGCAGUUAUGGAAGCGGAAGCGGUCAAGGAAGCGGAAGCGGAAAAGCUCAGGGAAGCAGUUAUGGAAGUGGAAGCAGUCAAGGAAGUGGAAGCGGUCAGGGAACCGGUCAAGCUCAGGGAAGCAGUUAUGGAAGUGGAAGCAGUCCAGGAAGUGGAAGCGGUCAGGGAAGCGGUCAAGCUCAGGGAAGCAGUUAUGGAAGUGGAAGCGGAAGCGGUUAUGGAAGCGGAAGCGGUCAGGGAAGUGGUCAAGCUCAGGGAAGCACUCAGGGAAGCAGUUAUGGAAGUGGAAGCAGUCAAGGAAGUGGAAGCGGUCAGGGAACCGGUCAAGCUCAGGGAAGCAGUUAUGGAAGUGGAAGCGGAAGCAGUUAUGGAAGUGGAAGCGGUCAGGGAAGCGGUCAAGCUCAGGGAAGCAGUUAUGGAAGUGGAAGCGGAAGCGGUUAUGGAAGUGGAAGCGGUCAAGCUCAGGGAAGCAGGGAAGCGGUCAAGCUCAGGGAAGCAGUUAUGGAAGUGGAAGCGGUCAAGCUCAGGGAAGUAGUUAUGGAAGUGGAAGUAGUUAUGGAAGUGAUCAGGGAAGCGGUCAAGCUCAGGGAAGUGAUCAGGGAAGCGGUCAAGCUCAGGGAAGUGAUCAGGGAAGCGGUCAAGCUCAGGGAAGUGAUCAGGGAAGCGGUCAAGCUCAGGGAAGUGAUGAGGGAAGCGGUCAAGUUCAGGGAAGUAGUUAUGGAAGUGGAAGCGGUCAAGCUCAGGGAAGCAGUUGUGGAAGUGCAAGUAGUUAUGAAAGUGGUCAAGCUCAGGGAAGUGAUCAGGGAAGCGGUCAGGCUGAGGGAAUUAGUUAUGGAAGUGGAAGUGGUCAAGCUCAGGGAAGCAAUCAGGGAAGUAGUCAUGGAAGUGGAAGCGGUCAAGCUAAGGGAAGCGAUCACGGAAGUAGUUAUGGAAGGGGAAGCGGUCAGGGAAGUAGUUAUGGAAGUGGAGGUGGUCAUGGAAGCGGUCAAGCUCAGGGAAGUGAUCAGGGAAGCGGUCAAGUUCAGGGAAGUAGUUAUGGAAGUGGUCAUGGAAGCAGUCAAGCUCAGGGAAGGGGUCAGGGAAGCGGUUAUGGAAGUGGAAGUGGUCAUGGAAGCGGUCAAGCUCAGGGAAGUGAUCAGGGAAGCGGUCAAGCUCAGGGAAGUGAUCAGGGAAGCGGUCAGGCUGAGGGAAUUAGUUAUGGAAGUGGAAGUGGUCAAGGAAGCGAUCACGGAAGUAGUGAUGGAAGGGGAAGCGGUCAGGGAAGUAGUUAUGGAAGUGGAGGUGGUCAUGGAAGCGGUCAAGCUCAGGGAAGUGAUCACGGAAGUAGUCAUGGAAGUGGAAGCGAUCAGGGAAGAGGUCAAGCUCAGGGAAGCGAUCAGGGAAGUAGCUAUGGAAGUGGAAGUGAUCAGGGAAGAGGUCAAGCUCAGGGAAGCGAUCAUGGAAGUAGUUAUGGAAGUGGAAGCGGUCAGGGAAGUAGCUAUGGAAGUGGAGGUGGUCAUGGAAGCGGUCAAGCUCAGGGACGCGAUCACGGAAGUGGAAAUGGUUAUGAAAGUGGAAGCGAACAGGGAAGAGGUCAAGCUCGGGGAAGCGAUCAGGGAAGUGGUUAUGGAAGUGGUCAAGCUCAGGGAAGCGAUCACGGAAGUAGUCAUGGAAGUGGAGAUAGUUAUGGAAGUGGAAGCGAACAGGGAAGAGGUCAAGAACAGGGAAAUGGUUAUGGAAGUGCAAGUAGUUAUGGAAGUGGUCAAGCUCAGGGAAGUGAUUACGGAAGUAGUCAUGGAAGUGGAAGCGAUCAGGGAAGAGGUCCAGCUCAGGGAAGCGAUCAGGGAAGUAGCUAUGGAAGCGGUCAAGCUCAGGGAAGUGAUCAGGGAAAUUGUCAGGGAUGUGGUUAUUGAAAUGGGCAUUUUGCAUAACCUUUACUGGAGAUCUUUUCAAUUCAGAGCUUUAUUCAUAUGGCAUGUUUUCCUUGUUUGCUCGGUUUAGAAAUCAAUCAAAUAAAGAAUUUCUUGAUUUA